AUGCCUGUGAGAACUUCAAGUAGAACCAACAAAGGUCGAAGCAAGUAUCUUCAAGCUGAGCUAUCAGAGGAAGAAGAGGAAAAAGGGGACGCCCAUGGAAAUUCAUCAAAUAAGCAUCUGAAUGAUACAACAGAUAAUGUCCGAUGUCCUGUAUGCGGUACCAAUGAUGCUAACUACGACGCUGAAAAUGAUCCCUACGGUGAUAUGAUACAGUGUGAUGGUUGUGACGCAUGGCAGCAUAUAAAUUGUAUGACUGGUGGCAAGAAAGAUAUUAAAGCAUUUUUAGAUUUAGAUGGAAAAUACUUCUGUGAACAAUGUGACCCACAAAGAUACCCUGAGUUGAAACAUAGGCGUGAGCCUUUGAAGCGGAAAAUAGAAGUAGCUGGUGAUGAUAAAGAUGAAGAUUUUGUUGAUGAUCCUUCACAAGCACAUGAUGGGGACUUGUCAUUUGAAGAAAAUAGAACAAAGCGUACCGUGACCUUACCUUCUAAUGCUCCUCAAAAGAGAAGAAGAUCUUCACAAAAAGUGGAUGUGACGGAUCAACAUGACACAAAUCAUAGAGACGAUAAAAUAAGACAAAAUGCAUCAAAGAUGUUUACUGAUUUAUUCAAAAAGUAUAUUAUACCUGCAACCAUAACUUCUGGCGAUUUUCUUCUCCCCACUUCAUAUUCUGACGAUUCUUUUGCAAGUGAAAUGGCUUCAAAUUUGGAAAAUGAGUUAUACAAGGCCUGGUUCAACCCUGAAGAAAGUAAAUUAAGCAACUACUAUGCAGAGAAGGUAAGAAGUAUUUUUUCUAAUUUGAAGGAUCCAAAAAACUUAAACUUGCAGGCUCAUGUAGUAAAUAAAGAUAUACCAUUUGAAAAACUAGUGAGAAUGAGUGCUACAGAACUUGCUAACCCCGAUUUACAACAAUUUAAGGAAAAAGUUAAUACUGAAUCACUUAGUCAGUUAAUUAUAGAAAAACCAGAUAAACCAAAAUAUGUGAAGACUCAUAAAGGUGACGAACUGAUUGAGGAGUUUGACGGUAAUGAGAAUCAGGAAGAUGUGAUAUAUUCCAGGGAUAAUCUACAAUCACACAACACCGAAGAGUUGAGUCAAGAAAAGCAGAUGAGCACUGACAGUAGUGCAUCUAAUCCGAUUUCGGAGCGGACAAAUAUUUCUGAUCUCACUCCACAAACAAAGGCUACCAUUGAUGAAUCGAGUUCCCUAAUUAAUGUAUCUAUUUCUUACACGGAAGCUUCAAUAUCCUUCUCUGGAUUUUUAAAGUAUCUGAGCACUACUAUGGCCAUAGAUGAUUCAAUCAUAAGGGAGGCCUUUGCAGAUGGAAGAUUGAUUAUUGAAGGGAGUUUGACUGCGUCAAAGGGUUACGAAUAUUUGAAACAAGUUCAAUCAAGCCGUGCUGUAUUGGCUUAUCGACUUCUUCCUUCUACUGUAGAGGGAAGAACGCCAGAAUUUGACUUUCUGGUUGAUUCUCUAUAUGAUGGCGACCGCAUCAUGGGUGUUAAAUUAAAGCAAAGGUACGAAAAGAACAUUUAUUUCCUGUCGGGAAAGUCGAAUGAAUUACCAUCUAUAAUAUCAGAUUUGUUUGGUGAUAAAAUAUCAGUAGCAUCAAACAUUGGAGGAUCCGAUGACAAACAAAUAUACGUCUUAGUUGUUGUUAAACCUGAGCUCAUCUUACAUUAA